GAUGGACGCAAUUAAGUGUUCGGUAGGCCGAAGAGCUAACUGGUUGUGGAGGAGAAUGAUGUGCUGCGGUGGUGACAAUUGCGAGUUCUUACGGUUAAAGCAUUCACAAUUUACUUAAUUUUCUUUAAUACUGAUGUCAUUAACUCUUUCUGAACGUGACGCGUCGUUCAGUCCACUUGUUCCAAGGAAGUGAAGAAGUUCCAGAGAAGAACUUGGUCCCGCAGGUGAACCCAUUCCCUUCUGGACUGAAAAAUUGACGGAGGAUAGCAAUGGAGGACGCGGGAGAGGAUAUAUCUGAGAAAAAAUGUUGUAAAGCAGCCUGUUUCUACUUCCUUAUUUCACCUCCAGGGAUACUCAAAUGUCUUCAAGUUAUCCUACUUCUCUUGAGCUUGUCGCUGUUCUUGGAAAGUGGCGAGUGUCGUUCCAGUGCCGUGGAAGAAAUUAUGUUCCUGUUGCCGGUCAGCGUCUGUUGCUUGGAUUCCUUCGUCGGCAUUUGCAUGGCAAUGUAUUUACUGAAUAAAGGAAGGAACCUCAUCGCUGACGCCAACUGGGUUAAAGGCGACGUGCUGCAGUGCGUUGCGGCGAUCGUGCUGCUCGUGUUCGGAGUGUCUGUCACGGUCUUCGACUAUGCGUGCAUCACGUUGCCCGACUCCAUCGCGGCUGUUGCUCUGAGUGUGGUGGUCAUCCUACUGUACGUGGUCAACGCUGCGAUCGUGUGGUUAUUGUACGUCCGGCACCGGGAGAAAACAGGCGCGCUAAACCGCAGAAGACGGGCAUCCCAGCCAGCUGUUGUCGUACAAUCUUCGCCUGUUACUAUGUCGCAUCCUGCUGCAUCGCCUUCAGUAGUUAAAUAUUGAAAUGCUAUGGAUCGUAUCACGAUAAAUAUGCGUUUGGGAGUCUCUAAAUACCUGAUACUACUACAUUUAUGAGUUAUAACACUCGAUUGUUUCAUAUUUUACUACUAAAAUGGCUAUGAAAAACCUUGUUUCUAAAAAGAGAAAAAUUCUCGAGCAAUAUAUGGCUCUGUAGCACAUAGCGCUUUCUCGGGAGUAUCGAGGAAUAAUAACGUUGAAGCUUGAUCGAAGAAGACCAUUUAUGCAUUUUAUUGACACGUAUAAAAAAUUUGUUAUAGGUAAAUUGUCUCUCUUUUGCUAAUUUAAAAUUCUUCUUGUGAAAUUACAGCAACAAUGCAUGGGGUACAGAAAACUUGAUCAGUGAAGUUAAGAUAAGACCGAUAAGAAGCACGAGCUAGGCACGGCGUCCAAGACUACAUACAAUCUCCUAAUCGACGUCCACCUUAUCUGACCAACGAUCUGACCAUACUUUUCUGUGGCCACUGCGGACCUUUUCUUUUCAGCUUUUCGAAUCAAGGAAAUGACAAUUGUCCAAUGUUAAUAUAGCAUGGCUAUUGAACUUGAAGUUCUU